AUGGAUAUCGCUAUCAACACACCGCCGCCUAGCGCUACCCGUCCCUACCGCCGGGCCGGGGCCAGCGCGCCGAGCGACGACCUCGCACAAAACUGGACCGCUCAACGGUGCCUCCGCCUCUUGCGCCCCGUCCACGUCAGCCUCAACAAGCUCCGCCAGAUCAAGGUGGAGGCGGCGUUUACCCGACAGGAACUACGAGAGCCUACGAAGCCAGUCAGGCGGAAGAGGAACAGCGCCAACGAGGACGAUGAGGCGUACGACCCUUUGAAGCCGAAACGCCCGCGCGUGACUUACUCCCAGAGAAAACGCCAGAUGGCCGCCUCCUCCAGCUCCUCCUCCUCCUCCUCCUCCGCCGCUGCCGGGAAAUCCAAGGCCACAUUCAAGCUCCCCAGCGCCGUUGCGAGGGCUGGACCCAAGACACCCGGCAAACUCUUCAUGUCGACACCCAUCGUGCGAAGGAUACGGGGCAUGGCGCGAGAGGCAGGCGUCGUCUCCGAUCUCCCCGCAUGCCGUCCCUGUGCCGGAGUGAGAGCGAGGACUCUACCAAGGCGACGCAGGAACCGACUCGCCGUCCCCGAGGACGCCCGCCCGGGUCCACACAGCAACCCCGCAAGCACCUGCCAAGGGAAGAGCGACCUUCAACUCGAGAGGGACCGACAGCUCGACGCGCUGCUCAAAGCCCUCGACACGCUGCUGCUCCGGACAGUAGCAGCGACAACGGCUACGGGCCAGCCCGGGUCCUCGUCCCACCCACGGUCUUUCAUUGCCAUGUGCCUCCGCCAGGUGCCCGAGCAGCUCAAACGGAUAGAGGAGUGGGACGCCAACGAGGCCGAGCACCUCGGCGAAAAGUCCCGCCUCGAGGCCCAGGACGCGACGCAGGACAUGUAUAACCAGCUCGAAGGGUUCGGGGCCAUGGCCACAGGUUGGCGGCCGCUGCGGCAUCUGGUGCGCGCCCACGCGGUGACCGCGCUCCGUGACGCCAUCGCCGAAUCCCUGCUCGACCUCGUCGCGGCGAAGCGCCUCGUUGCCGUCUGCGCCCGGCGCGGGUGCGUAAACGAGGCCGCCGCCCUCCUCGUCGCGGUCCUCGAGCAGCACCACCCGCCCGCCACGCGGCGCCAGGACGUGCCGGCACCCCAGCCGAGGCUGCUGGAGCCGCUCGAGCUCCUGGUCAGCUUCUGCAAGAGGCACGCGCUGUGGCCGACGCUGUUCGGCACCCUCGCCCGGUUCCUGCGCGAAAACCGCCUCUCGGGCGAGUGGCUGUGCAUCCGGGCGUUGGAGCCGGUCUGGGGCGGCCUCAGCGAGAAGCUGGUCGUGCGAGGCGAGGCCUGCACGCAGACGCUCGAGUUCUUUUACGAGGCUGUGUCGUCGCUCGUGGACUCGCUUUCGGUGGGAUCGCGCGGUUCCGGCCCCAGCGCGGGUGGUGGCAGAAGCCGUGCCGAUGAUGAUGAUGACGACGACGACGAAGAUGACGACGCUAGAGGGAAGAGCCUGCGGUCGCCGGCGCAAAUGUUUACGAGUACGGUGGGCGCGGUCACGGCGAUGGCCAUCAUGUCGACCUUUAUCGGCGACGACUCCACGACGACAACUACGGAUGUGGGCGUAAAGGGCACGGAGGUGGAAGCAAACACGACUACGGCGGGCACGAGCACGGGUACGGGCACGAUAAUACUAGGCAAAGCAAACAGCAUAUUCCGAGCGGCCCUCUGCGCGUUGAACGGCUCGCUUGCCAAACUCCAGGAGCGGCGGCGGGUUCGGACGACGGACUCACAGCUCAUACUAGAGCUUAGCAUCUACAUGGCGACAGCUGCAGCCGCAGCCGCAUCCGGUCGCCAAGGGCACAAAGGCGACAAGGCUCGGAUCGAGGCCCCGCGCAACAGCUUCGCCGACGCGGCGAACAAAAAGUUUUACGAGGGCGCGGUCUCGCUCAUCUGCUCCGUCGCGCAGCACUGCGCUCGCGGAGGAGGGGCGGCGGGCCUCGCUGCCCACGAGCACCUGGUGGCGCUUUGCGAGCCGCUGGCGGGGCUGACGCUGGCGCGGCACCAUGGCGUCGGAGACUUGCGGAGGGAGGCGGCGUUCCUCCUCGCCAAGAGGACGGGGAUCUGA